UGUUGUCAAAAUUUUCGAAAUUUUCAAAAUUUUAUUAUUUGUUUAUUUUAGCAUUUAACGUUUUUAUAAGCAUCAUGGCCAUCAACGUACAUCAGCAACAAGGAGAGCAACAAUUUAUAAGAGAGAAUCUACAGCAAUGCAAGCGGCAGCUUAAAGAGAAAUCUCUACGGACUAUGGCGCUGAGAUUUCAAAGUUUGAUAAUGCUUGCGACUGCUCAAAUCCAAUGCUAUGAACAUAUUUUAGAUGAGGCCAAGAAAAUUACAGAAAAAUUCAAAGCCUUGCUGCGUAAUCAUAAAAUGAAUGCAAUUUAUAGUAAACUGCAAAGAGAUAGUAACAAGUUGUUGCAACAAUUAAAUUUCCUAAAGGUUGAGAUGGCCAAAACGAAUGAGGCUCUAAAUCUGCUCAAGCUACAAUUGCACAAGGAGCAAGAAAAAUUUUUUAAUAGACAUGCUAGCAUUAAAAUUAGCAUAGAACGUAUGAAAACUAUGCAAAGUGAUAGACUAUUGCAACAGUGUGGCUUUUCGUUUACAAGUUAUGCCUCCGGAUUUUUUAUGUUUUUCUACGACAUAUUUUAUUUAGCUGAGCAACUCUUAAAUACUAGAGCCAGCACUAAGCCGACAGCCAACAACUUUACAUGUGAAAUGCAAUUGGCAGCGCCAAUACGUUCUCGUAGCUUAAGCUCUUUUUAUUUUCCCUAUUAUUUGCGUGCGCUGUGGCUGUGUAUAUCCAGCUGGAACUGUGUGCCAAGUCGCUGGGCUAAAGAACCGAAUGUCAGUAUAUUUUGGUGUUAAUUUUUUUUAAUUUUGUCGCUAUAACAAAUUUUAUAAAACACUGCAUUGCAAACUGUAACAGUUCAAAUA